GCCAAUUCUAUAUAUAACCAUAACCUACACAUUUGUGUGCAAAUUGUUUUGAGACCGUCCGUAAUAUUCAAUCAACAAAACAAAUACUUUCCUUAAAGCCAGACAAAACGUUGAUUCUAACCAAAAAAAGAAUCAUGUAAAAAAUCAAUAUAAAAAUGUUAAUUAAUUUGUUGAAAAAAAUGUUUGUUAAUUAGUCUCAAUAUUAAUUUCCUCAUGUGAAACCUGGCGUUCUCGGUAUAUAUGUAUGUGACGGUCACGUCUCCGGUCUUAAAGCCACGUGUCAGUUACCCACGUCGUCCGUUCACCAACUUUAACUCCUUCGACUUCUCUAUAUAUAAACCAACACAUCUUCCUCUUCACUCUUUAAUUCAAUAAAUCUCACAAAUAUGGUAAUAGCUAAUGAAACCAGUGGAAGUCAUCACCGGAGAAUUACUUUCGCCGACUUUUUAAUCUCAGAUGCCAACGCCGGUGAAGAAAAACACAACCGUGGUGGCCAUCCCAGUAGUAGUAACGACAAGGAUGUAAAUAGUUACCAACAACGUCAAAGCAAUGCUUCGACCACUAGCGGCGACUCCUCUCCAAACCAAGUUUUAUCUCCAUGGAACCAGACUUACUCACCGUACUACACCGACACAACAACGACGCCAACUAUGUCUCCGUCACCAUGGAACCAGACUUACUCUCCAUACCACAAGUCUCCUUGGAUCUACCAGACACAAAACAUAGACGAUGUUUCCGACAACGGGUUAAUCGGUACGAUCGUGAGACAAGAAGGUCAUGUCUACUCGUUGGCUGCUUCUGGAAAUCUUCUAUUCACUGGAUCCGACUCCAAAAACAUUCGGGUCUGGAAAGAUCUUAAAGACUUCACCGGUUUUAAAUCAACUAGUGGGUUAGUUAAAACAAUAGUGUUAACCGGAGAUAACCGGAUUUUCACCGGUCAUCAAGACGGUAAAAUCCGGGUUUGGAGAGGGUCCAAGAAAGGAUAUAACCGAAUAGGAAGCUUACCGACUUUGAAAGAGUUUUUGACCAAGUCGGUGAAUCCAAAGAACUACGUCGAGGUACGUCGCAGGAGAAACGGUCUGAAGAUUCGUCACCACGACGCCGUUUCGUGUCUAAGCUUGAACGAAGAACUCGGUUUACUCUAUUCCGGUUCGUGGGACAAGACUCUCAAAGUCUGGAGACUCUCCGACUCCAAAUGUCUAGAGUCGAUUCAAGCUCACGACGACGCGAUCAACACCGUAGCCACCGGUUUUGACGGUUUGCUAUUCACCGGAGCCGCUGAUGGAGCUUUGAAAGUGUGGAAACGUGAGCUACAAGGAAAAGGGACGAAGCAUUUUCUUGUUAACGUGUUGAUGAAGCAAGAGAACGCUGUUACGGCGUUAGCUGUUAAUUUAACGGCGUCUGUUGUUUACUGUGGUUCUUCUGACGGUUCUGUUAAUUUUUGGGAAGGACAGAAGUAUCUUUCUCACGGCGGGACUCUCCGCGGCCACCGUUUGGCGGUGCUCUGCCUCGCCGCCGCUGGGAGUUUGGUGCUGAGUGGUGGAGCGGAUAAGAAUAUUUGUGUGUGGAGUAGGAAUGGUGAUGGGACACACUCGUGUCUCUCGGUGUUGAGGGACCACGUGGGACCUGUGAAGUGUUUGACGGCGGUGGAAGAGACGAAGGAAGAGGGUGAUGGAAGAUGGAUAGUGUAUAGUGGAAGCUUGGAUAAAUCGGUGAAGGUAUGGCGCGUGAAGGAGACGGCGUCUCCGGUGGUUGGCUGAGAUGAUGCUUCGAGGAGGAGGAGAAAUUAAGCGCCGUUUUAGCGCGUGGGAUGCGAGUAUGUAAAAAGGGAAUGUUGUUCCGCGGGGCAUGUGAGUGUUGCCGUUGUGGUCAAGACAAGUUUUAUGGUCGGUAAAAGGAAGCAGAUCUUACGACUAAUAAAGGAAGGCCACGUCAUGAAAGUAUCUUAAAAGGUUCAGAAAGUACAUCUAUUUUAUUCAGUAGUGUUCUUUGUAACUGCACAUAUUUGAUUUACGUUUGAAAAUGAAACAUAAAGGGGAAAUGAUUUGGCCAUGUUCAGAAACGGAAAAUUACUUCAUUGUAUAAAAUCAUUUUGUUUGUACUGAUAAUUUAAAACUGA